GACUUCAACCAACAUGGCGCUGUCCAUGUUACGCUUCACGAGAGUCAAACUUGUGACUCAAGUUACACAAAAAGGCGAGUUACCAUGGGUUUUACCAUUAUUAAAAAAUGUUCCCAAAAUCAACGAGAACCAACAAGCUGGUUAUCCGACGGGAAAACAUUACAAUCCCUUAUAUAGAAGGGAGAGAAGAGAAAAAAUGUUUACAGAGAUCAAUGAUUCGGGUAUGCCAUCAGAGAAAGAAAUGAAAAAUAUGCCGUAUGAUGAGCUGAGAAAGAUCCAGAAAAAAUUUGGAAUCAAAAAGGUCAAUCCGUAUGAUAAAAACAUUAGUAUGACAUGCACUCUUGAGGUGGUGGAAAAAUAUAAACCACCGGAAGGAGAUGGAAAAUCCUCUCUCUUAUCUGCUCAGAGAGCUAAAGAUGAGUUAAAUGAUGUCAAAGGAAAAAGUCAAUCUUUGUUAGCUGUUAGAAAAAUCAAGAAAUAUGAAGAAUUUGAUUCUAAAUCUUUUGCUUCAUUUGCCCAGGAAAUUUACAUUCAAGCUUACAGUCUGUUACAAGAUGUAAAACAUAACAAAAAACGGCUGCUAGAACUUGUGACAGAAAAGGCAUAUCCAGAAAUUACCACAGGUUUACUAUAUAAAACGUUACAUUGGGAGUUUAUGGAAACAGUACAACCACCGAAAGUAGUUUUAGUUCGUGUCAUGGAAAUUCCACAGUUUGGUGAAUUCGCCCAAAUUACUGUCAGAUUCCAUACUAAACAGAAACUAGCGUUAUAUGAUAGAUUUGGUAGAUUAAUGUUCGGAAGUGAUGAAUUGACUAAAGAUGUAUUAGAAUAUAUCGUGUUUGAGAAACAUAUUGUGAAUUUAUAUGGACUGUGGAGAAUUCAUGGAAAGAUUCCUCUAGAAAUGGAAGACAGUAACUUCCCUAUUGUGAACACGGGGAAGAAACCUGCUGAGGAUGUGUUAGAAGAGGAAUCAGAGCUUGAAGAAUCAACAACUUGAAAUUAGUCUGAAUAUUAUAGCUCGCUGUUUUGGUUAUUGUUUGAGGUGAAAACUUGAAUUUUGAACCCAAUUUCUGAUAAAUGUGGAGCCUCUGACAAAACUGUGAAAGAAUCAAAGUAAAAUAUGUGUGUGAAAAAUGAAUGUUAUAUCUUAUAGAUGACUAUUCAUGUGCUGAUAUGUGAAUUUUUUAAGAGUACCCUAAACUAUUGUGAACAGUGGCGGCGCCCUUAAAGAGAAAGGGGACAGACUGACUUAAUGGGGGGACAACCGCCAAUGAUGAGAUACGAACUGUGGCAGCAAGCAGCAGUCUCCAACUGAGAAUUUGAAGAAUUGAAUUGACUAGGUGCCCUCUUACACAUAUUUUGGGGUCAUGUUACAUGUAUUGUAUAUGAUAUAUAUAAAGAAGUAAUUAUAAUAG